CUGGCUUCCAAGAGCCAACAACCAUCCGACAAGAUGACGGCCCAAACCUUUCGUCAGAUCUCAACUCACAAUCUCAAAACAUUCCGCCGCAAUUAUGUGUCGGAGAUUUCGGGUUCGCUCGGCGAUCUCGGAACCUUUCUCCCCAUCGCCAUAGCACUGGCCAUCAACGGUACCGUCUCGCUGUCCAGCACCCUCAUCUUCUCGGGGCUCUUCAAUAUCUUGACAGGCCUGUUCUUCGGUAUUCCACUUCCUGUCCAGCCCAUGAAAGCAAUUGCUGCGGUAGCAAUCGCCAGAUCCUUCAACAAUGGCACCAUUGCCGCCGCCGGAAUCUUCGUGGGCGCGUGCAUUUUCGUAUUCAGCGUCACUGGUCUUCUUCACUGGUUCGCAGACGUAAUUCCUAUCCCCGUCAUUAAGGGUAUCCAGGUUGGUGCAGGCUUAUCGCUUGUCAUCGCUUCUUGUGGAAAUAUCCUGUCUUCCCUUGGAUGGGUCGGGCCGUCAUGGGCGGAUAACCGGAUCUGGGCCAUCGCGGCGUUCGUUUUCCUCGUCAUCACCAAUGUUUACCGCAAGGUGCCCUAUGCGCUGGUAGUAUUCAUCCUUGGCAUCAUCUUUGCCAUUAUCCGCAGUGCGUUGGUAGCUGACCUGCCGUCCCUCGCAUUCUGGCACCCUUACACCGUCGUCCCCACUCCUGGACAGUGGUCCGUGGGUGCUCUUGAUGCGGGUAUCGGGCAGAUUCCACUCACGACGCUGAACUCCAUCGUCGCCGUCGUACAUCUUGCGGGCGACCUGAUCCCGAAUGUACGUACGCCUUCAGUCACGUCUAUCGGACUCAGCGUUGCCGCAAUGAACCUGGUAGGCUGUUGGUUCGGUGCCAUGCCUGUCUGUCACGGUUCUGGCGGACUGGCAGCCCAAUACCGAUUCGGAGCACGGUCUGGCUCAAGCGUGAUUUUCCUGGGCCUACUAAAGCUGGUGAUUGGUAUCUUUUUCGGUGAAAGUUUGGUGGGUCUGUUGAAACGGUUCCCUUCGGCGUUGUUGGGAGUAAUGGUGAUUGCUGCGGGACUGGAGCUGGUCAGCGUGGGAGAAAGUCUCAAUACCACUGGUGCUCGGGAUAUCAUGAAGGCCAGUUUUGGAAUUCUGGGUGAUGCCAGACAGGAUAUUGCGCCGAUGCUCAGUGAUGCGGACCGCAAGAGACGAUGGACAGUCAUGAUGGUUACCGUGGGGCUGUUGGUUGGGUUUAAGAAUGAUGCGAUUGGAUUCCUGGCUGGCAUUCUGUGCCACGUCGGCUAUGAGCUGCCUGGUCUCUGGGAAAAAGUACGAAAUCGGUGGAACGAGGGUCGGGUCAGAUUGCAAUAAUCGCCCGCUUGACAAUUUCGAACAAUAACGCUGUUUAUGACUGCAUACGAAGCUUACUACUGAAUGAUUUUUUGCCUUCAACACGUUUCUACGCCGCUUCUAGCCAAUGAUAUACAUAGCCAGGAUGUUUUGUUAUUCGCUCGAGGAUUACUUUUCUCUUCGGGAUGGAGGCGAAAGCACAGGAGGAUGAAGCUGGCGCCAUGGCUUUGCUGGGAGAUUCGCAGAUCAGACGAGUUAAUCGAAGCCUUGGGAAUCAACCACGAGGAUUUUCGGCGUGAUAAUCUUCUUUGGAACGAGGCAUGUUGGGUAUUGAUUUCGGCCGCUCUACCUCGAAACUUUGGCUAACGAAAUAUCCCGAAAGAGAGGAUAACUAUCGUACAGUGUCAGGAAAGCGUUAACAUGUUUUUAGCUUGGUCAGUUUUCUAUGGUGCUUGAUGAUGACGGGUCACUGGCAUUGUCUUCACCAAUAUUCCUUUUCUACAAAAGAACAACGGAGUAGAGAAGCAAGAAUUCCGGGUCAUACCGAUCACCAUACAAUGCUGAUUAAAUGUCCUUAGAAGUUCUACUUGCCUUGCUAGUGAGUUCAGAGUACACAUACGAAAGGAUAUUCUCC